AUGAGUUCUAAUCCCUAUGUUCCGCCAAAGGGUCAAUCGAAUGAGCACCGAGGUUAUAAGCUAGAGACCAUGCUCGAGAGGGUGCUCGCCAACCAAGAGAAGUCCGAAAAAACCUUGAAGGGGUUGACCAAAACUGUGGGCUCUCACACUGCUUCCAUACAAAAGCUCGAGUCACAGAUGAGAGAUAUUUCGAGAGAACAAUACCCUCCACAAAAGGGAGGUCUCCCAAGUGAUACAGUUCCUAAUCCAAAAAGUGGGGGUGGAGAUUCAAUAGCAAAGUGCCAUGCCAUUACCACCCAAAGUGGAAAACUACUUCAAGGCGCAGGUGCAAAAGCAGCUGAAAAAGGGCCUAUAGAAGAAGCAGUUACAGAGGUACCAUUUGAGGUGCCAAGUGAGGUUGAGGAAGUGCAAGAUGAAAUUUCGAAUGUAGUUGAAGUUGAUCCUGUUCCAGAUGUUCCAAAGGCUCAAAAUAGGUUGGUGAAGAGGACUGAGGAUGCUAAGUGUCGGCGUUUCUAUGAUCAACUGAAGCAACUAUCGAUGAAUAUUCCAUUUCUUGAUACCUUCCAAGAGAUGCCGGGUUUUGCCAAGUAUUUAAAAUAUUUAUUGAACAAGAAGAGGCUAGUCAAACGUGACACAGUAAGUGUGACUCACCAUGUUAGUUCUGUCAUAUCUACAACCAGAGUUCAGAAGAAAGAGGAUCCAGGGGCUUUUAUUAUUCCGUGCACUGUUAGCCAUCAUGAUUUUGCUCGUGCUCUCUGUGAUAAUGGGGAUAGCAUUAACCUAAUGUCGCUUUCUAUCUACAGGCAAUCGUGGUUGGGAAUGCCUAUACCUACUAGCAUGCAACUGCAGAUGGCUGAUUAG